AUGAGGAACCCCUUUGAUAUGUCAGACCUCGACGCACUCGUCGAGGAACAACAAGAACGCCAGCAGAGUUAUGCGGACCUUCAUACUCACCAGUCGCAUGAUGGCAAUCGCUCUCUGUUGCAAAAUGAGCAGCGUCGCGGCGAUAACCUCAAGGACCGCUUUAUCGGUGCUAUCGACCAGGGUACUACGAGUUCCCGCUUUAUCAUUUUCGACUGCACGGGUGUUCCCGUGGCCAAAUACCAGAUGGAAUUCCGUCAGAUCCACGAGCGCUCAGGAUGGCACGAACAAGAUCCUUUCGAACUCGUCGAUUCGGUCUACACCUGUAUCGAAGAAGCGAUGAAGACUUUCCUCGCUCUGGGUCACUCCCGGGACGAGAUCGAGGCGAUCGGCAUCACCAGUCAACGUGAGACGGCACUUUGCUGGGACUGGGAGACCGGUGAGCCACUGCACAACGCGAUUGCCUGGCCGGAUACCCGCACCACUGGCUUGGUGCGAGAACUCAAGGCCAAGAAGGGCGCAGAGGACUUGUCGAAGAUUUGCGGUCUUCCGCUGUCCACCUACCCCUCUUCCGUAACGUUGAUGUGGAUGCUCCGCAAUCUGCCCGAAGUGAAGAAGGCCUACGAUGAGGGCCGCCUUGCAUUCGGUACGGUCGACACAUGGCUCUUGUAUAACCUGAACGGUGGUCCGGAAGGUGGCCGCUUGGUGACCGACGUUUCCAAUGCCUCGCGAACCAUGUUCAUGAACCUCGAGACCCUUGACUAUGACGAUCGCCUGCUGGAAUUCUUCGAACUGGAUCGGAAUAAGAUCCGCCUCCCCAAGAUUAUCCCCUCGUCCGACCCCGAAGGGUUCGGGUGGGUCCGGUCGGGGCCGCUGGACGGCGUUCCCAUCACCAGCUGUCUGGGUGACCAAUCCUCCGCCCUGGUCGGCCACUGUGCUUUUACUCCAGGCUCGGCCAAGAACACUUAUGGUACUGGAUGUUUCCUUCUCUACAAUGUCGGAGAGAAGCCUGUCAUUUCGAAACACGGCUUGCUGGCCACCGUGGGCUUCCAAUUGGGCAAGAACCGGAAACCAGUCUACGCUUUGGAAGGUAGUGUCGCUGUCGCCGGAAGUGGUAUCUCCUUCCUGAUGAACAACAUGGGUUUCUUCCGUGAUUCGCGCAAAGUGAGUGAGGUGGCAGCGAGUGUGCCUGAUAGCGGUGGUUGCGUGUUCGUCACUGCUUUCAGUGGUCUGUUUGCUCCCUACUGGAUUGACGAUGCCAAGGGUACCAUCUUUGGUAUCACCCAGCACACUCAACGUGGGCACAUUGCCCGCGCGACCAUGGAGGCCGCCUGUUUCCAAACGAAGGCCAUCUUGGAUGCCAUGGAACUGGACAGCGGACACAAAUUGACGGAGUUGGCCGUUGAUGGUGGUAUGAGUAAUUCCGACAUCUGCAUGCAGACCCAAGCCGAUAUCAUUCAAAUCCCCAUCGAACGACCGGCAAUGCACGAAACCACGGCGCUGGGCGCCGCCAUCGCCGCCGGCUUCGCCAUCGACGUUUGGAAGGACUUCAGCGAAUUGAAGGACAUGGACCGUGCCAACCGCACCACCUUCGUGCCCCACGUCACCCCCGCCCACAGCCGGAAGAUGUACCGACAAUGGACCAAGGCGGUCGAGAUGUCCCGCGGUUGGCUGGACACGAACGAGGAGAACGACGAAGGCGAAGAAGAAUCCGAGCAAAAAGAACAACAAGCCCUCAAGCACUGA